GCUCGAGGGCAGCGCCUACAUGAAGGCCGCGGCCAAGCUGCACGAGACCGACCCGCUCAAGAAGCCCAAGCAGGAUCGCUACGCGCUGCGCACGUCGCCGCAGUGGCUCGGCCCGCAGAUCGAAGUGAUCCGCGCGGCCACGCACUCGAUCGAGCGCGAGAUCAAUUCCGUCAACGACAACCCGCUGAUCGAUGUGUCGCGCGACAUGGCCGUGCACGGGGGCAACUUCCAGGGCACGCCCAUCGGCGUGUCCAUGGACAACAUGCGCCUGGCGCUGGGCGCAAUCGGGAAGCUCAUGUUCGCGCAGAUGUCGGAGCUGGUGAACGAUUUCUACAACAGCGGAUUGCCGUCCAAUUUGACCGGGGGCCCGAACCCGAGCCUGGACUACGGCUUCAAGGGUGCGGAGAUCGCCAUGGCCUCCUACUGCUCCGAGCUGCUGUACCUGGCCAAUCCCGUCACCACGCACGUGCAGAGCGCGGAGCAGCACAACCAGGACGUGAAUUCGCUGGGGCUCAUUUCGGCCCGCAAGACGGCAGAAGCGCUCGAGAUUUUGAAGCUGAUGUCGGCGACUUUCAUGGUUGCGCUCUGUCAGGCCGUCGAUUUGAGGCACCUGGAGGAAAUUAUGCUCUCCAGCGUGAAGCAGGUGGUGUCGCAAGCGGCGAAGAAGACUCUGUUCGUCGACGCGGAGGGAGUGCUCUUGCCGUCCCGUUUCUGCGAGAAAGAUCUCCUGAAAGUCGUCGAUGACACUCCUCCCUUCACCUACAUCGACGAUGCCACUCUCUCAUCGUACCCUCUGAUGACCAAAUUGCGCGAGGCCCUCGUGGGCCACGCCAUGGAGAACUCGAAACUCGAUGAGAGCUGCACGGUAUUCCGGAGAAUAGCCAUUUUCGAGGAGGAAUUGAAAGCCCAAUUAGAAGUGACUGUCCCGCAGGUUAGACAGCAAUUCGACAGUGGGCUCUCGACUAUUCCGAACAAAAUCAAGGAAUGCAGAAGCUUCCCCGUGUACAACUUCGUGCGAUCUUUGGGCACGAAGCUUCUCGUCGGAACCGAGACGAGGUCUCCCGGAGAAGACAUUCAGCUCGUGUACGAGGCCAUAAACGACGGAAAGCUGGCUGGCCCCUUGCUCUCAUGCCUGAGCGACUGGUCAGGAACGCCACUGCCGAUCGAUGGCUCCUGUAAGUGAUGGAGUCGGUCGAGCAGACAUUGAUCUCGUCACAUCAUCAUUAUCACCAUUGUAAAUUCACAACUACCUCUAGAUUAGAUUUGCAGAGUGCCAACAGUUAUUUCGUUCGAGAGCAGCGCCCUCGAUCGCACCGUCCUAGCGUCUGUGUGGCAGCAGCGCCCCCGUUUUGUAGAUUGUUCUUGCAGUCUUUUCUCCUAUUCUUAGGUGCUGUACAUACACGCUUACCGAGGAAGAGCACAAUUUUCACUCUUCUGACAUAAAAUCCGAGUUGCUCUACAGAUCUCUCUCACCGAGCGGGCUAGCGUUCGCUCGGGCCCCUGGCGAUCGCAACCUCGUGACGUGACACACGACAAGGUUGCGAUUCUCCACGGGGGCAAAGAUGUUUCUGAAAGUUAAAUAACGAGUUUUCUAAUAUUCGGAGUACAUUAUGUCGGGCCGAUGCACUUAGUGCCCAAACAUGUAUGGGAUGUGGAAGUUGAAGACAUUCUGAGACGGGGUAAGGAAGAGAAGCAGUCUGACCCGGACAACUCUCCACUUAAAAGUGAACAACAGGAAUAAAGUUCAUAACUUGUGUCCAACCCCCAGGAUGAAAAGGAAGGAAUGAAAGUUUCUAAACGCCUGUCUUAUUUCUAGUUGCGCCUUGAUGAAGAAUAAGGGAAAGAAUACCAUAUGCAGCAGUGAGGAGAAAUAGUCAGCGAAGUACAAUCGCUCGACAUAGCUGAUAUUGUCUAUAACAUAGGAAAAAGUCAGAGUUAGCCUAUCAAUAUAAUUGAAGCGAGGUAUUUGAAAACGAUGAACACUCAGAUACUCAGAUAGCAAAUGUUCACACUUGUCAAGAGAGAAAAGUCAACCAUGAUAGAGGAUACAGGUGAAGCUAUAAUACACAUCCUUUGAAGACAGCAGACACUGCUCUGUGAAAACCGGUACUUCCCAGAGAGCUACUGCCCUACAAAUGGAUGAUAUCAUGGAUCAUCCCCAUCUCGUGCAACGCAAAAGCCAAACAUGGCCGGGAAAUGUCCGAGGCAGGACGGCUGAUAAG